UCUCCUAAUUUACAUUCUACGUUCACCUUGUGAUGAUUUUCUGGUUUUCAUUUUGAUUCUCAUUUGUUUACGUUUUGUUUUAAUUGUUUUGGUCAAUUGAUUAGUGAUUAUCAAUGGCUUUCCGUUCAUUAACAGGUUUAAAAGGAUUAAAAGGAAUCAAUCCUAAUGGAUUAGCUGUACGUUUGUCUUCAACUGCUACGCCACAAGCACCACAAAAGACUAAAUUUGGUCCUUUAAGUGACGAGGACAGAAUAUUCACCAAUCUAUAUGGUAAACAUGAUUGGGGUCUUAAAGGUGCUCUCAAAAGAGGAGAUUGGUAUAAAACAAAGGAAAUCAUUGCUAAGGGAAAUGAUUGGAUUAUUGAUGAGAUUAAAAAAUCGGGUUUAAGAGGUCGUGGUGGUGCUGGUUUCCCUUCUGGAAUCAAGUGGAGUUUUAUGAAUAAACCUUUCGAUGGUAGGCCAAAGUAUUUGGUUGUUAAUGCUGAUGAAGGUGAACCUGGUACAUGUAAAGAUCGUGAGAUUAUGCGACAUGAUCCCCACAAAUUAGUCGAAGGAUGUUUAGUUGCUGGUAAAGCGAUGGGCGCUUGUGCUGCUUUUAUUUAUAUUCGAGGAGAGUUUUAUAAUGAAGCAUCUACUUUGAAUAUCGCCAUUAAGGAGGCAUAUGAUGCUGGUCUGAUUGGUAAAAAUGCUUGUGGUUCUGGGUAUGAUUUUGAUGUUUACCUUCACCGAGGAGCUGGUGCUUACAUUUGCGGUGAGGAAACUGCACUCAUCGAAUCAAUUGAAGGUAAACAAGGAAAACCUCGGCUAAAGCCUCCGUUUCCAGCUGAUGUUGGAGUCUUUGGAUGUCCAACAACCGUUUCCAAUGUUGAAACAGUUGCAGUUGCACCAACAAUUUGUCGUCGAGGUGGUGACUGGUUUGCUUCAUUGGGACGUCCACGAAACACUGGAACUAAAUUGUUCAACAUUUCAGGUCAUGUAAAUACCCCGUGUACCGUUGAAGAGGAAAUGUCAAUACCAUUAAAGGAAUUGAUUGAACGUCAUGCUGGUGGUGUUAUUGGUGGUUGGGAUAAUUUACUAGGUAUCAUUCCGGGUGGUUCAUCUACUCCAAUUAUACCCAAAAAAGUGUGUGAGGAAGUGUUGAUGGACUUUGAUUCACUUGUAGCCGCUCAAACUGGUCUUGGAACCGCAGCAAUCAUUGUAAUGAACAAGCAAACUGAUAUAAUCCGAGCAAUUGCUAGAUUAAUAGAGUUUUAUAAACACGAAAGUUGUGGCCAGUGUACACCAUGUCGAGAGGGUGUCGGCUGGAUGAAUAAGAUUAUGUGGCGAUUUGUUGAAGGAAAUGCUAAACCUCAAGAGAUCGAUAUGAUUUACGAAUUAAGCAAACAAAUUGAAGGACACACAAUCUGUGCCCUAGGCGAUGGAGCAGCUUGGCCUGUCCAGGGACUUAUUAGACACUUCCGACCCCAUAUCGAGGCCAGAAUGGCGGAAUAUAAGAAGCUGAACGAUAAACAAUCAGCCCAAAUUUCUGGUUAAAACAAUCAAUCAACCAAAAAGAUGGUUAAUCACUAUAAUUUAAUUAGAUGUCGUUAACAAAAAAACGAUAAUCAUCAGGAUGUAAAUGAAAAGAAAACAAAAAACUUCAACUCACUGGAAGAUUAAUUGUUUCUCUUAACAAAUAAUGAUGUAAAAUAAAAUUGAAUCUUAAAUGUA